UGCAUUGUGGGUAGGUCAGGGAAAGCGAGCGGAGGACGCCAUGUGCUUUUGAGCGAGAGGGAGCCGGGGGUCUGGAGCAGCCGCGGGAGAGCGAUCUGAUCACAGAAAGGCCGGAAUAACAGCGGCAGGCUUUAGUUAACAUGUACUGCACGUUGCACUGCAUCCGGACGUCGCUGCGGGUCGCCGCUCAGGCGCACGGACAUCAUCUUCCAGCACCGGCCCUGUGUGCCCUGAGGACGCUCAGGACCAGUCCUGCGUGUCUGACCGAUGCCAUCGCUACACCCCCUUUAGAUGGAGCCCCCAAACAGUACUCGCCUAAAAUCCAGCAACUGGUCAAUGAUAUAGCCAGUCUGACCCUUUUAGAAGUUUCUGAUCUCAAUGAGCUGCUCAAGAAAACGCUCAAUAUUCAGGAUGUAGGAAUUAUGCCUAUGGGGGCAAUGGCUGCGGCGCCAUCUGCAGGAGCAGCUCCGGCAGCAGAAGAAGAUGCAGCCCCAGCAAAGAAAGAGAAAACUCAUUUCACAGUGAAACUGACAGAGUUAAAGGCAGAGGAUAAAGUCAAACUGAUUAAGGAAGUGAAGAACUGUAUUCAGGGCUUGAAUCUAGUACAGGCCAAGAAGCUUGUAGAAUCCCUGCCUCAGGAGAUCCGGGCCAACGUUUCCAAAGAAGAGGCGGAAAAGCUGAAGACAGCGCUGGAAGCAGCAGGUGGCACUGUGGUUCUGGAGUAGACCCUGCACCUCUUCAAUACCGUCUUGUCUAUUUUUGUUGUUUGUUGUUUUUUUUUACACAUCAAAGGUGAACGGAAUGGAAAACAAGUAAUGCCUUUAAACAUUUACCCCACGAUCUGCCAGUGACUGUCUGGGUGUGAGAACUCACAGACUGGACUCUAGCAGGCAUCUGGCCUGCGCACACUCACCACCCAGUCAGCGGCUUUGUCUGUCUGCCUGAUAGCUCUAAGCAUAGAGCUACAGAUGUGACGGCCUGGGCAGUUCAGAUGGAGUUCUGUGUGUAUGUCUGUGUCUGUUUCAUAGGGCAUGGGGACAUAUGCCUUAGACAGAGGGGCACAAUUGCCAUUGCCUGUGGUUAAAUAAACGUCAUAUAAUACUGUGCAAGACUGUGUCAUCAUAUGAACUGGAGAUAACAAAUAACAAGCAUCAGGGCAGCUUGAAAGUGGGUUGUUAUUGGACAAAAUUUAACCAGUUGUCUGUUUUGUACAUACAAUGAGAGUUAAAAGUAGCUGGUCAUUCAUGUCCCCAUAUGGCAUACAGUAGUAUCCGGCAGUCCUCACAAUGUGUAAGUUUACUGAUUGAACUCUAAAUGAUUUAUGCGCAUUUAAAAUGACUUGUUUUGAAUUUGCUUUACAAUAUUUUACAUUAAAUGAGUCAUAACAUUAAAGUU